GAGCUACCGAUAACCAGUUUAGGUGCCAUAGGUCACAGUUAAUACCUCGGCGUCUCUUCCCGGGACGAUCAUAAGGGUGAAGGACUUAGAGCGAGAGACAGUGAACGGAGAAUCACCUGGAGUUUUCCACAGAGGAGAUUGUAACAGGAAGAACACAGCCUCUUGAAGGUUUACAGGGAGGUAGGAAACCAACAACCGCUCACCAAAGGGAGACCCAACGGCCCCAUUUUCAAAUUCUGUGUCCAGUGAAGUUCACAAAAAGCCACCAUGAAGCUGAAACUACCAAACCCAGGACUGGAAGGCCGGAUCCCCUCUCAUGGGGAACUAGAGAAGAUGGAGAAGGAGGAGGCUGGGGACAGGCCCAAAUGGGACAACAAAACCCAGUACCUGCUCACCUGCAUCGGCUUCUGUGUUGGACUCGGCAACGUCUGGAGGUUCCCUUACCUGUGUCAAAGUCAUGGAGGAGGAGCAUUUAUGAUCCCAUUCCUUAUCCUGCUGGUUCUGGAGGGAAUCCCACUGCUGCACCUGGAGUUUGCCAUCGGUCAGCGCCUCAGGAAAGGCAGCGUGGGAGUGUGGAGAUCAAUCAAUCCCUGUCUGACUGGAGUUGGUAUUGCAUCCCUGAUGGUCUCAUUUUUGGUGGGUAUGUACUACAACACCAUCAUGGCCUGGAUCAUGUGGUAUCUGUUCAACUCCUUCCAAAACCCUCUGCCUUGGAGCCAAUGUCCUCUCAACGCUAACAGGACAGGACUGAUAGAGGAGUGCGCUCGGAGCAGCACCGUCGACUACUUCUGGUACAGAGAGACUCUCAACACCUCCGAAGCUAUCGAUGAUGCCGGGGGCCUGCAGUGGUGGAUUGUUCUGGCCCUGGUAGCUGCCUGGAGUGUGCUCUAUGUCUGCUGCAUCCGGGGGAUUGAGACCACAGGAAAGGCUGUGUACAUCACGUCCACUCUGCCAUAUUUGGUCCUCACCAUCUUCCUCAUCAGAGGACUGACUCUGAAAGGCUCUAUAGAGGGAAUCAAGUUCCUCUUCACACCAGAUGUGGACGAGUUAAUGAAUCCAGCAACCUGGUUGGAUGCGGGUGCCCAGGUGUUCUACUCCUUCUCUUUGGCUUUUGGAGGCCUCAUCUCCUUCUCCAGUUACAACUCUAUUCACAACAACUGCGAGCAGGACGCUGUUGUCAUCUCUAUCAUCAAUGGAUGCACCUCAGUGUACUCUGCAACGGUUAUCUACUCGAUCAUCGGCUUCAGGGCCACGCAAAAUUUUGAUGACUGCAUGGGAGACAACAUCUUAAAGCUGAUGAAUGCCUUCAACUAUCCAGAAAACAACAUAACUGAAGGCAACUACAAUGACGUUCUGACCUACCUCAACCAAACACAACCAGAUAUGAUCCAAAGAUUGCAACUACAGACCUGUGACAUGCAGUUUUUCCUCAGUCAGGGUGUAGAGGGAACAGGUUUGGCCUUCAUCGUGUUCACGGAGGCCAUCAUCAAGAUGCCCUUUUCCCCUCUGUGGGCAGUUCUCUUCUUCGUCAUGCUCUUCUGCCUCGGGCUCUCGACUAUGUUUGGCAACAUCGAGGGAGUGGUGGUUCCUUUGCAGGACCUCAGACUGUUGCCCCGAACUUGGCCCAAAGAAGUUUUCUGUGGUCUGACUUGCCUCAUUUCUUUGGGUUUGGGGCUCAUAUUUGCAACGCGCUCUGGAAACUACUGGCUUGCUCUUUUUGACAACUUUGCAGGCUCUAUCCCCCUUCUGGUGAUCGGAUUCUCUGAAAUGAUAGCUGUUAUCUACGUCUAUGGCAUAGACAGGUUCAACAAGGACAUUGAGUUUAUGAUUGGCCACAAGCCCAACAUGUUCUGGCAGGUGACAUGGAGAGUGGUUAGCCCACUCAUUAUGGUCGUCAUCUUGGUGUUUUACUUUGUUACCCAAAUCACCAAGAGUCUCACCUAUUUGGUCUGGGACCAGGAGGCGGAGAGCUUCCCAGCCCUGGAUAACCGUCCAUAUCCUUCCUGGAUCAACAUCAUUAUCUUCAUCUUGGCCGGAAUUCCCAGUUUAUCCAUCCCUGUGUUUGCCCUCUACAAAUUCAUCCAGAUCAAAUGUUGCAAGCAGAAGGACUACAGUGAAAAAACAGUGGACACUAUCUCUGCCAAUGUACAAAUCAUCGACAAAAUUUAGUUUUUAGUAGCUUUUCUUUUGAUUAUUUAAAAACAAAAUGUGUGAAUCAGGACCUUUUUUAUUGUUGUUAGUAUAUUAUACUUAUUGCUUUUCUCUUCUCUUGGCUUGCACAAUGAUAUAAUAGCACACUAGUGACUAAUAACUAGAAAAGUAGAAACACAUUGGACUGCAUUUUCUGUAAAAUACAAGUUUUACUAGUCAUUAAUAAUACAUGUAUUACUAUUGUAAUAUUAGUUUCCUUUCGUGUAAUGGUUCCAUAGUCAUUGUAUGUUGUACAUUAAGGGAAUACUUGGAUAUUUUGAGAAAUAGACUCAUUUGCUUGCUUUCUGAGACUCAGAGAACAGCUUAGCAUAGGAAAACAGCUAGCCUAGCUCUAUUUAAACAUAACAAAAUCCUCCUAAAGCUCUUAUUAACAUUAUACAGUAAAUUAAAUCCCAUUUGUUUAAUCUGUACUAAAAACUAAAAAUCAUAGGCUGGGGUCAAGCCAGGCCAGCUGUUUUCCCACUUACACUCGUUUGUUUUGCUUCUCUUCCUCCUCCUCAUCAUCAUAAUCUUCAACCGCUUAUCUGGGGUCGGGUUGCGGGGGCAGCAGGUCCAGCUUCUGUUCCUAUUUAGAAAAAACUAUUUUACCGAACUCUACGUAAGAAAAACUACUGAGCUGUUUGCUCCAUAUUGUAAAUUUGCUCUAUGCAUGUAUCUAGAAGUAUCGAGUUUUUUUUACGUUUUGUAAAUAAUCCUCAAGGGGGAGGCGGAUUCCUGAUAAGACCUCUGACAUACAGUUAGGUAAGCUUCUCUCUCUUCAUGCAAAAAACUACAUUCAUGCCAUCAGUGCUUUUUCGUACUCUUUUGUGUUGUUUAUAAUGUAUUUUUUUUAAAUUAUCGUAAGCGACUGUUGUUUAGUUUUUAAUAUGUAUUGCGACACUGCACUUACCCUGCAAUAAACUGACAAGUUAUGACCUGUUAA